AUGAAACGAGUGGCACUUUUGGCUGUCGGCUCGUUUAAUCCACCAACAAUCGCUCAUUUACGCAUGUUGGAGGUAGCACGAUGUCAUCUAGAAUCCAAAGAUACACAAGUGGUCGAAGGGAUAAUGAGCCCAGUGGCGGACUCGUAUAAUAACAAGUCGACACUGAUAAAAGCUAGUCAUCGACUAGAAAUGGUUCGAGCCGCCACCAAGUCAUCUGAAUGGAUACGAGCCGACGGAUGGGAGUGUACACGUGCCACAUGGACACGGACCCUCGAUGUGUUAGUACAUCAUAGAGAGCAAGUGCAGGCGAAAUUCGGCUCGGACGUUGGACUAAUGCUUGUGGUCGGUGGAGACGUCGUCGACUCCUUCACCCGUAUCCUUCCAGAUGGUUCGAAUCUUUGGAAAUCCGCCGAUAUCAUUAAAAUUAUCACGGAAUUCGGUUUAUUAGUCCUAUCCCGGGACCAGUCCCAUCCAAUGGCCACAAUAGAAAAAAUGUCUGAAAUUCCCAAAAAUUUGGCUGAAAAAAUCGAGAUGAUCGUAGAUGAUGUGUGUCCUGUGUCGGCAGUCAGUUCGACACGACUUCGAGCGGCGAUUUCCGCGAAAAAAUCGAUAAAAUAUGCGACGCCGGAUGAGGUUAUCGAUUAUAUACGGAUCAAUGAUUUGUAUCGAUCUUCUUGA